AUGCCCAGUAGAACAUUCACCGUCUACCGCGAUGCGCCAUCUACGAAACCAUCUGCCCCGCGUCUCCUUGGAAGGUCUGUAUCGGCCGCCGCCGUGCUGACUACCUCCCGCCGUUCCGAGAGCGGCAUUCCAUCCCUCCCAGAGAAAGAAAAUCUCCAUCCUUUGACUGGGCUCGGCACCACCUCAGUAACGUCAAGCAAGAAACGAAAAGCCUCGGACAGUAACACGGUACUCAAAGCAAAGAUUCUUUGUGCACCCGGGUCAUCCGGCGCAGCUAAGUCGAAGCCUCCGAAACGUGCGGACCUCAAGCGCAAAGCAUCUUCGCAGGCGUCCUCGGCAAAGACGAAGGCCAAGAAGGAGCAAUCAGGAAAGACCUGUGAAGACAGGAAGGCUCUUUCCGAUGUUGCGCCUGCCUCACCCGCAAAUCGAGCGACUCCCUCUCGCUUGAGUUCACACAGCUCCUCCGCAAUAUCACUCGAGACCAUCAAGGAAGAGGCUGCCACGCAAAGCGCCGACGAGGAAAAGCCUGGCUCUGACUCCAAAUCGCUUACUCAGGUGCUGAUUGAUUCACGAUGCUACGAGCUCACGGUGUCUCCCCUGGCCGACGUAUCCGACGCCUAUCUCCAGUCUUCCGAUACUAAGAAGGAGGAAGUCCGAGAUGAAGAUGCUUCUGAGCUUCAUAUUGUAAAAGAGGAGCCGAGCUUUGCUACGCAGAUCCGGGAUUAUUUCCUAUUUGAGGGGCCUCAUAUGCGUCCACAGUCUUCCAUCGCUAGGUCGUCAGGCUUCGGGGCUAUUCCUUUUGGCGCCGCGGAUGAGCUGGACUUUUCUGACACGCUUGGUUUCACUGCCUUUGACGAUACCAAAAGCGAAAGUGCUGACAAGACGAAGCCGGUUACGCCAAAACAGCCACAGCGGCUCACGCGUAGCAUGUCACUUCCUUGUACUACAAGGAUAAAUGCUGUCGAAGACGACGACGACAACACAUCCCCUUCAUUCGACCCUGUAACGCUAUCCACGCCCGAGCGUAAGGAGCUUUACGCUACGUUCACGUUCAUGACCCCAAAGUCCUCUCCAGUACGCCCAUUGUCAUUGUAAUCGUUAAUUCACGCGGGCCAGCCGGUGUUGCACAACCGACGACCUCGCAGCGUACAUAAAAUGGCAUUCUUCCAUCGCCCAUGAUCGCCUUAACGACCAACCAUACAGUCAACAAAAAUGACGUUCCUAUCAUGAUGCGUUGUCCCUGUGCGGCUCAGCAUUCGCUUGCAGUGCGAGCAUGCUGCGUCGCGUCAGGACCUGGCAACCGCACCGAGCUUUCCGUAGCGGAAAGCUUGUAUGUAGGCUCAAGACGAGCCACGCAUCCAACCGCAUUCCUCUUUCUAUUCUCAUCCUUCUAUGCACAUUUUGUUCAUUUUGCUUUCCAUACGCAUUUGCAUACUUCUCACUUCUCUCUCCGAACAUGCACAUUCGUGAAGCCCCUUCCACAUCAUUUUGAUUUGUUUGUCAUUUCCCCUUUUUUUUUGUAAUAUUAUACGUCAUUCUUCUUCUGUUUUUGAUGCAAUUUUGCCUUUUUCACUUCUUCCUCUUCACUGUACUUCUUUUCCUCACUUCUUUUUACCCUUGUUUCAUGACGGAUCGGAUUCAUUUUGUUUUGUUCUGUCUGUUUGUUUUGUUUUGUCUCUUGCUUUCGCUUUGUUUGUUUCUAUCUUCAUUUCUUUUUCCCAUUUCCAACUCCAUACAGAGUCAUCCAACGAAUCGUGUCUGGAUUCUACAUAAACAACUCGUCUACAUGUUUCUCUAUUUUCCUAUUCUCAAUCCCACCGUCUUCCUUCUACCUUCUUACCUACCCCCAAGAUCCC